AUUUCUCCCCUACAACCGCAGUGAGAGACCUGGAGGGUUGUGGGGACAGAUGGCAGACUGGUCCGGGAGAAUCUUCUGACUCCCGGGGACCAGCUAGAAGCCGCCGCGGACGCUGUGAGUAGCGGCGCGCGGCGGCCCGAACUUCCGGUUUCAGCGCGGGGUGACGUCAGCAGUGCAGGGACGGCUUCCCGCCCUGCUCUGCCCGCGCGCGCGCCAAUCUGCCUGACGCCAUCUUCUUCUGCACGGAGACAGGGGGACGCUGUGCGCUUCACACACGGAGCCUGCCAGGGGGAGAAUUUUAACAUAAUCGCAAGUAUAGAGGGGGCUGAUCAAAGGGGGGAUUACAGGCCAUAUUGGAAUCCACCUAGGGAUUAACCUAAUAAGGAGAGUCUCUGACUUGCACUCAGUUAUCCUGGAUUAGGUCCCACUCUAUCCUUAAUGUAGAUUGUUAACACAGCUCAUUAGUCAGAAGGUUUAGGGUGAUUUUAUUUUAGUGUAUACCUUCAGAAUGGAAAAAGUGACUAGUAAACCGGACAGACCUACAAAGGGAAAAACGGCCUCGGUAGUUUAUUUUUCCUGCUCUCAGUGUGGCUCAAAGCUGGCUAAAGGUAGUUCUGACGCAGGUACCUUAUGUGCUUCAUGCUCUGGUGCAUCAGUGACAGAUCAGCAGGGAGGUUCCGCAGAUCAGCCGACGCCCCCAUGGGUUAAAAACAUGGUGGACGCCAUUUCAGAUUUGCGUCAAUCUAGGGAGACUGAAUCUGCUCGGACUCAGGUGGAGCCUUUAUGGGCCCAAAAUAUGGGAAAGUGCCUCACUGAUUUAACUCAAUCUUUGAAUAAGUUUGUAAAUGCUGCCAGCAGUUCGACUGCUACUAAACGAUCGCAGCCGUUACCCGCUAUAGCAUUUCCAGGUGAGGAGGCGGACACCCUGGCAUCUCCAUUGGAGGAGGGGGAGGUAGAUCCUGAAUGGGAUGAUGUUUCGGCUUGGGAAGAUGAGGAACCUUCUACUAGUUCAGGUGUUAGAUUGUUAAUAGAAGCCAUUCGUCAGACUCUUAAUAUUCAGGACACGGUGGUAGAGGAAACUCCUUCCCCCUUCUUCAAACGACAAAAGAGACAGGUUACGGCCUUCCCUUCUUAUUCUCACUUUGCGGAUAUUUUAAAAGAACCCUGGCUUAAACCGGAUUCUCGUUUUCAGGCGCCUAAAAAGUUAAGAUUUCUAUAUCCUUUUACAGAGGAAGAUACGAAAUUUUGGGAGACGGCCCCUAAGGUAGAUGCUCCUAUUUCACAUCUAGCAAAAGCUACGGUUAUUCCGUCGGUACAGUCUGUGACCUUAAAAGACGCUACUGAUAGAAAGAUUGAAGCAUUACUAAAAUCUAUGUUUUCUUUAUCAGGUGUUUCUCUCCGUCCAGUACUGGCGAGUGCCUGGGUACUUAAGGCCGUGGAUGAAUGGCUUGCACAGGUGGUAUCGGGAAUGCAGUCGGAUGAUCCGUCGGAAGCCAUUCACGUAGCGGAACAGAUUUCGGAGGCACUCACUUAUGUGGGUGAAGCCUUGUUGGAUUCGGUUGCGCUACAGACCCGGGUUUCAGCCUUGACAGUAUCUGCAAGACGCUCUUUGUGGCUUAGAGUUUGGAAUGCUGAUUCUGACUCAAAGCAAACAUUGACGGCUGUGCCUUUUGAAGAUUCCCAAGAAGGGGCUCUUUCAGAGGAAGAGGAUAUCAGGCUAUUCGCAGACCGGCCAGUAAGCCUGCCGACAAACCUGAGGCAUGACGUCUCAGGUCCCCUGGAGGGAUCAAUGAAGGUUGGGGCCCGGUUACUUCAGUUCAGGGAAGUGUGGCUCCUAUCGAAACCGGAUCGGUGGGUAAUGGGGGUCAUUUCCAGAGGAUAUAUGUUGGAUUUUGAAGAGACGGUCCCAACCCGACUAUUCAUAACACCUCUCCCAGACGAUCCCUCCAGACGGCAAGCUCUUCUUCAGGCAAUCACAAACCUCUUACAAAAUGGAGUAAUCAUUCCGGUUCCCUCUCAUCAAAGGGGGCGGGGGUUUUACUCAGGUCUUUUUCUUGUGGACAAGCCGGAUGGUUCGUUUCGGCCCAUUCUGAAUCUGAAGGCUCUCAACCCGUAUCUCUCAACCCAAAAAUUCAAGAUGGAAUCCAUUCGCUCAAUUAUCGCCGCCAUGGAGCCAGGGGAAUAUUUGGCUUCAAUAGACAUAAAAGACGCCUACUUACAUGUCCCGAUUUGGAUAGGACAUCAGUCUCUGCUGAGAUUUGCAAUCGGGCCGGAGCAUUUUCAGUUUCAAGCUCUUCCCUUUGGUCUUUCUACGGCUCCCCGAGUUUUUACAAAGGUCUUAGGCCAUGUAGUCGCAGUUCUUCGUUGCCAAAGGGUCAACAUCACUCCAUAUUUGGACGACCUGUUGGUCAAGGCACCGUCAGCGGAGAUUCUCACUCAGAACCUGCAGUUAACAAUGGAGACUCUACAAUCGUUCGGGUGGAUAAUCAACUUUCCAAAGUCAUCUCUACUCCUUUCUCAGAAGAUGAUUUUUCUGGGACUUUUAUUCGACACCAACAGCCAGAAGAUAAGUUCAAUGAAUGACCUACGUUAA